CUCAGUCCUUGGAUUGAUUUGCUGGCCCAGAACCCGUCUCUCUCCAUAUUCACUAACUGCCCCCUUCUAGCUCUGCUUUCUAGUCCACCCACAUUGGAAAAUCUACCACUUAUCUGUUUCCUUUUCCCUCGUUUAUCUGUAUACGAAUGAGGCUCCUCUUUCUCACCUGGGGGUUAGUCUGCAAGUUGAAUACCUUGGGUGUGUUUGUAUUCUGGUUGUUCACUGUUUUGUCACUGUGAGUUCAGUUGGAUGCAGAGGAUUGGAACGUCCAGUUUUGUUUGGAAGGGUGGCAAGGCUUUGAAGUGAAGAAGUUGUCUUGAGCAGAUCAGUUCAGCUGCAGGCAAGAGGUUUUGAAGCUUUCCGAUUUUUUUUCUUUUGUGUCAAUGAAUUCUUUGCAGCUCCAACAUAGAAAUAAAGGAGGGUAAAACUCAGAACUUCCUUUGGAAGUGAAGCAAAAGGCUUGAGAGGGUGGGAAAAAAGAACUUUUUGAGGCUCAGAGUGGGCUAAAGAUGGCUGUUGAAUUGAUCAGGGAUGACUUGGCAAGGUCCAUGAGCAGGACCAUGAGCCGGCGGUUGAGUUACAGCUCAAGCGGCAGGAGGAGUUGGGCCUCGGCCAGUCUCCGAGAGGCAUGGGGAGGAGCCGAUGUUUUCCACAGGAGCCAAAGAGAAAAUGAUGAGGAAGACUUGGUUUGGGCCGCCAUCGAGCGCCUUCCCACCUAUGACAGGCUGAGGAAGGGAGUACUGAAACAAGUUUUGGACAAUGGAAGAACUGUCCAUGAACAGGUUGAUGUUUCGAAUCUUGGAUCUCAGGACAGGCAACAGCUCCUGGAGAGCAUACUAAAAGUUGUGGAAGAUGAUAACGAGAGGUUUCUUCUUCGGCUCCGAGACCGGACUGAUAGAGUUGGAAUUGAAAUCCCAAAGAUUGAAGUCCGGUUUGAGCGUCUAUCCAUAGAAGGAGAUGCAUAUAUUGGUUCCAGGGCACUCCCCACUCUGCUGAAUUCUACUUUAAAUGAAAUAGAGGGAAUUCUUGGAUUCAUAAAGAUUCUCCCUUCUAAGAAAAGGGUUGUAAAAAUACUACGAGAUGUGAGUGGAAUUGUAAAGCCAUCCAGGAUGACUUUAUUGCUGGGCCCUCCAGGCUCUGGAAAGACCACAUUGCUGCAGGCACUUGCAGGAAAGAUGGGCAAGGAUCUAAGAGCAGGAGGGAAGAUCACUUAUUGUGGCCAUGAAAUGACUGAGUUUAUUCCUCAGAGAACCGCUGCUUAUAUUAGCCAGCAUGAUCUUCACCAUGGUGAAAUGACAGUGAGAGAGACAUUGGAUUUUGCAGGACGUUGCUUGGGAGUCGGAACCAGAUAUGAACUCCUUGUAGAAUUGUCGAGAAGAGAAAAAACCGCUGGAAUUAAACCAGACCCUGAGAUUGAUGCAUUCAUGAAAGCUACUGCAUUGGCCGGCCAAGAGUCUAGUUUGGUGACAGACUAUGUUCUUAAGAUACUUGGAUUAGAUAUAUGUGCUGAUAUCAUGGUUGGUGACGAGAUGAGAAGGGGUAUCUCAGGUGGACAAAAGAAGCGUGUCACAACUGGAGAAAUGUUGGUUGGGCCAGCAAAAGUGUUUUUCAUGGAUGAAAUAUCAACUGGUCUUGACAGUUCGACCACAUACCAAAUUGUCAGAUAUAUGAGGCAGAUGGUUCAUAUUAUGGAUGUGACCAUGAUAAUCUCUCUUCUGCAACCUGCUCCUGAAACUUAUGAUCUUUUUGAUGAUAUUAUUCUUCUUUCAGAGGGUCAAAUUGUAUACCAAGGUCCACGGGCAAAUGUUCUUGAGUUCUUUGAGAGUGUGGGAUUCAAAUGCCCAGAAAGGAAAGGAGUUGCAGACUUUUUGCAGGAGGUGACUUCUAGGAAGGACCAAGAGCAGUAUUGGUACAAAAGAAAUGAACCUUAUCGAUAUAUUUCGGUAUCUGAGUUUGUGGAACUCUUUGAGAAUUUCCACAUAGGGCAGAAGCUUUUUGAUGAACUUGGAAUUCCUUAUGACAAAAGCAAAACCCAUCCUGCUGCACUAGUGACUGACAAAUAUGGUAUCUCCAACAAGGAUCUCUUCCAGGCAUGCUUGUCGAGGGAGUGGCUAUUGAUGAAACGGAACUCCUUUAUAUACAUAUUCAAGACUACCCAGAUUACAAUUAUGUCAAUAAUUUCCUUCACUGUGUUCUUUAGAACAGAGAUGAAAUCUGGUCAACUAGCUGAUGGAGGUAAAUUUUAUGGUGCCCUGUUUUUCAGUCUUGUGAACAUCAUGUUCAAUGGAAUGGCUGAGCUUGCAUUGACAAUUAUGAGGCUCCCUGUAUUCUUUAAACAGAGGGAUUCUAUGUUUUAUCCCGCAUGGGCUUUUGCCUUACCUAUUUGGCUUCUGCGUAUUCCCCUCUCACUUAUGGAAUCAGGGAUAUGGAUCAUCCUUACCUACUAUACGAUUGGGUUUGCUCCUUCUGCUAGCAGGUUUUUCGGCCAGUUGUUGGCAUUCUUUGGCAUACAUCAGAUGGCUUUGUCUCUCUUCCGUUUCAUUGCAGCCCUUGGAAGAACACAGGUUGUUGCAAACACUCUCGGUACCUUUACAUUGCUGUUGAUUUUUGUCCUUGGAGGAUUUAUUGUUGCCAAAGAUGACAUUGAAUCAUGGAUGAUAUGGGGCUACUAUAUUUCUCCAAUGAUGUAUGGACAGAAUGCCAUAGCCAUGAAUGAGUUUCUUGAUAAAAGAUGGAGCACGCCAAAUAACGACCCAAGAUUUCCUGAACCCACAGUUGGAAAGGUUCUUCUUAAGACCAGAGGCAUGUUUGUGGACAAUUAUAUGUAUUGGGUCUGUGUUAUGGCACUCUUUGGAUUUUCUGUGCUCUUCAAUAUCUGCUUUAUAGCAGCACUGACCUACUUGAAUCCAUUCGGAGAUUCUAAAUCUGUUUUGGUGGAUGAGGAUAAAAAAGGUAAGAAUAAGAAGCAGCCAUUAUUGUCUACCAGAACACCAGCCAAUGAUAGGAGUUCAGCAUCUACAGGCCCAUUAUUUGAAGGUACUGAAAUGGAAGUUAGCAGAACUCCAGACCACACCAACUUAAAGGUCAAAGAGAUUACGGCUGGCAGGAGAGGAAUGGUCUUGCCUUUCCACCCUUUGUCACUUGCAUUUGAUCAUGUCAAUUACUAUGUUGAUAUGCCCGCUGAAAUGAAGAUCCAAGGAAUUGAUGAAACUCGUCUCCAACUGUUAAGAGAUGUCAGUGGUGCUUUCAGGCCUGGUGUUCUCACGGCAUUGGUUGGUGUUAGUGGGGCUGGGAAGACCACCUUGAUGGAUGUGCUAGCAGGAAGAAAAACAGGUGGCUACAUUGAAGGUAGUGUCAACAUUUCUGGCUAUCCAAAGAAUCAGGCAACCUUUGCUCGCAUUAGCGGUUAUUGUGAGCAGAAUGAUAUCCAUUCUCCACAUGUUACUGUUUUUGAAUCUGUUAUGUACUCUGCCUGGUUGCGCCUUCCUCCAGAUGUAAAGAAGGAAACACGGAAGAUGUUUGUUGACGAAGUGAUGGAGUUAGUUGAAUUGAGUCCGAUAAGGAAUGCCCUAGUUGGCCUUCCAGGAGUUGAUGGUCUCUCAACUGAACAGAGAAAGAGGCUUACUAUAGCUGUCGAAUUGGUUGCUAAUCCUUCUAUCAUCUUCAUGGACGAACCAACUUCAGGCCUUGAUGCUAGGGCUGCUGCAAUUGUGAUGCGAACUGUGAGAAACACAGUGGAUACUGGCAGAACUGUUGUCUGCACAAUUCAUCAGCCAAGCAUAGACAUUUUUGAAGCUUUUGAUGAGCUAUUGUUGAUGAAGAGAGGAGGACAAGUCAUCUAUGCCGGACCUCUUGGUCAACAUUCUCACCUGCUUGUAGAAUAUUUUGAAUCUGUCCCAGGUGUACCAAAAAUCAGGGAUGGUACUAAUCCUGCUACAUGGAUGCUAGAGGUUACCUCUGCUGCAGUUGAGGCACAGCUCAAUGUGGAUUUUGCAGAAAUUUUUGGCAGAUCUGAUUUAUACCGGAGAAAUCAACAACUUAUCAGAGAUUUGAGCAUCCCAGCACCAGGGUCCCAGGACCUAUAUUUUGAUACCAAAUACUCUCAACCGUUCAUCACUCAAUGCAAGGCUUGCUUCUGGAAACAGCACUGGUCCUACUGGAGGAAUCCACAGUACAACGCUAUCCGUUUUAUCAUGACAACAUUUAUUGGUAUUCUAUUUGGAGUUAUUUUUUGGAACAAAGGAGAUAAGAUGGACAAGCAGCAAGAUCUGUUGAAUCUUCUAGGAGCUAUGUAUAUUGCUGUGAUGUUUCUUGGAGGAACAAACACUUCAGCUGUGCAGUCUGUUGUUUCAAUAGAAAGAACAGUCUUCUAUCGUGAGAGAGCAGCUGGGAUGUACUCAGAAUUGCCUUAUGCAUUUGCUCAGGUGAAAGGACAGAAUUCAGAUUCACACUCAAAGCUUCUGAACAGCAUUAAGAAUGAACAACUAAUUCUAAUAUCUUAUGCCCUGCAGGUAGCAAUCGAGACCAUUUAUGUUGCAAUCCAGACUUUUGUUUAUAGUCUCAUCCUUUAUUCAAUGAUUGGGUUCCACUGGCAAGUAGACAAGUUCUUGUGGUUCUACUUCUAUGUGGCAAUGUGCUUUAUCUACUUCACAUUAUACGGGAUGAUGCUGGUAGCACUCACUCCAAGUUACCAAGUUGCUGCAAUUGGCAUGUCCUUCUUCCUUAACUUCUGGAACCUGUUCUCCGGGUUCAUGAUACCCAGAACGCAAAUCCCAAUAUGGUGGAGGUGGUACUACUGGGCUUCUCCUGUGGCGUGGACUAUCUAUGGUCUCGUGACAUCUCAGGUGGGUGACAAGAUGAAUCUAGUAGAUAUACCAGGAGAAGGUGCUGUCCCAGUGAAGAUUUACCUUAAGAAAUUUCUUGGCUAUGAUUAUGAUUUCCUCGGAGCUGUGGCUGUCGCUCAUAUCGGUUGGGUUGUCCUCUUCUUCUUUGUCUUUGCCUAUGGCAUCAAGUUCCUUAACUUCCAAAGGCGAUAAGAAACUUAAAAACAGGAAAUUUUCAAUUAUUUAGAACUCAAGAUUUUGUGUACAUCAUAUACGUUUGCAAGAAUAGGCUGAGAAGAACAGAGACAGUAGAGAGAGAUGAUCAGAUUGGUCCCCAUAUAUCAAGAGUGCUUCAAUACUAGUCACUUGUAUUUUUCUUUCAAAUUUUGUGAGAUCUAAUAUCCUCUGAAUUCUUUAUACAUUUGUCAGUAAUUAUUCCAAUACCUGAUUAAUGAAAGUUGAAUUUUCUAGUGGAA